AUGGAACGCAAAAGCUCAACGUCGCCUCGCCUUGAGCCUGGCGAGAAUAAUGGGUUGUCAGAAGAUGAGCUACAAUUACGUGCACAAGGUCACAUUGGCGAGCUCCCACGCCAAUUCACGACCAUCUCACUCCUAUCGUUUGCUUAUAGCGUCACCAACUCAUGGAUUGGAUACUCCGCGGUUUUCGUUACUCCCUGGUUUGCAGGCGGGCCACCGGCGGUGGUGUACUGUCUCAUCGCCGCUGCUCUCGCCUGCUCGAUAAUUACUAUUGGACUGGCGGAACUAGCUUCAGCGUUCCCAUCUAGCGGAGGGCAGUAUCACUUUGCUUUUAUGGUUGCUCCUAUUCGAUACCGGGCCCUCAUUGCAUUCAGUACAGGCUGGCUCAGCAUAUUCGCUUGGCUGUUCACGAUCGCCUCUGCAUGUAUCUACUGCGCACAGAUCUGUGUGAACAUGGCUACCCUGUUCCACCCUCAAUAUAUUCCGGAACAAUGGCAUGUUUACCUGGUCUACGUCGCUUUCGUGGCUGCUUGCACUCUCAUUACUGUAUUUCUAUCAAGACAAAUACCGUUGCUGGAAACGAUCUCCUUCUUCGCAUCAAUCACUGGUGUUGUGGUAUUCUUUGUUGUGGUUCUCGCGGUGAGCCCGACGAAGCAACCCGCGUCGGCGGUCUUCGUGAGAUGGGAUAACCAAACAGGAUGGGGUGAUGGAACUGCUUUCUUCCUGGCCGUGGGUCAAGCCAUGUACUCAUAUCUUGCAGUCGAUAGCGCGAGCCAUAUUGCUGAAGAGGUCCCCGAGCCAGGCAAGCGAGUUCCAAGGACAAUGUGGCUAACUGUCGUCAUCGGUGCCCUGACAGCGCUACCAUGGACUAUUGCGUUCUUAUUCAGCAUCCAGAAUCUCGAUGCGGUCAGUGCGUCGCCAUUACCUAUCAUGGAGAUCUACCGACAGGCAUUGAGAGGAUCUAACGCCGGCGCUGCCUUCUUGACGACGUGGUUGCUAAUCAUGUAUUUUGGUGCAUGCAUUGGCUGCACCGUCACUACAGGACGUCUAAUCUGGGCAUUUGCACGAGACGGCGGAAUGCCGUACUCGAAGUUCUUCAGUCAAGUCAAUCCGGCUUUCGAGACGCCGGCCAACGCGACAAUGCUUGCUGGCGUCUUCUGUAUCCUCUACGGCCUGAUCUAUAUUGGCUCCACCACUGCCUUCAACAGUUUCAUCGCAACAUCAAUUCUUUUCCUUAACAUCACGUAUGCACUCCCGCAAGGUGUCGUGCUCAUUCGUGGACGUUCACUAUCACUACCGGUCAGAUCCUUCGACCUAGGCGCUUUCGGAACCUUCGCCAACAUCUUUUCAGUGUUGUGGGUAGCACUAUACACCAUUUUCUUCUGCUUUCCCGUCUUUCUUCCUGUUACGGUUGGGACUAUGAACUAUGUCUGUGUUAUUAUCAUAGGGGUCGGAGUUUUCAUCGCGCUCCUGUGGUGGUGUCGGAAGCGGCAUGACUUUACUGGACCAAUUAUUGGGGAGAUCAAUGCGCUUGUUCCUGUACCGACCACAGACGCCACAUCGACCACAAACGGGAGCGGCACGUUGGCAAAACAUGCGAGUCCCGUAAAAUAG